CUCUCUCUCUCUCUAGCGGCGGCUCCUCUCCCUCUCUCUACCCUCCCUCGGCUCAUCUCCCCCACGAGGUUUGUGUUGCACACCAAAUGUCUUGUGAUCCCAGCAAGAUACCUCGCUGUUCUCUUCAGUGUGCUUUCUGCUUCAUGAGCCGGGGUAGGUUGUGGUGCCUUCAGAAGAUUCUGUUUCGUCACUGGACUUGACAGAAAUUGGUAAGGUUUAGGGAAGUCAUUCCAGGUUAUACAUAGGAAAUUUUCUACUGUUCGUCAUACUUUUUAGACAGGGAAGAUACUACUGUUAACUACUGCUCAGACGCGCUGGUUGGUUGUGAGUUCACGCGACAGGUUUUUAUUGUACUCGGAUUCUGAAGUUACUAGAUUGUUGGAAGGUUUGUUGAUGAUGACGAGAACAUCCCUUCCUCCGGGAUUUCGUUUCCAUCCUACCGAUGUUGAGCUGGUUAUGUUCCAUCUCAAAAGGAAGGUAACAGGAAAAAAAGUCACAUUUGAAGUCAUUUCAGAGCUCAACAUAUACAAGUACUCUCCAUGGGAUCUUCCAGAUAAAUCUCGUUUGGGAAGUAAGGAUCUUGAAUGGUUCUUCUUUUGCCCGAAAGAGACAAAAUAUGCAAAUGGAGCUAGAAUGAAUCGUGCUACUGAGUGCGGGUAUUGGAAAUCUACUGGGAAGGAUAGACAGGUUUCUUACGAUGGUCGAAUUGUCGGGAUGGUAAAAACUCUCGUUUUCCACACAGGCCAUCCCCCAAAAGGAGACAGAACAGAUUGGGUCAUGCACGAGUACAGGAUGAUGGAUGAGAAGUUGGCAGAUGGUGGGGUUGUUCAGGAUGCAUAUGUGCUUUGUAAAGUCUUCAAGAAGAGUGGCCCAGGCCCCAAAAAUGGUGCGCAGUACGGGGCUCCAUUUAAUGAGGAUGAUUAUGAUGAUGAUGGUGAAAUCUGUGGUGAAUCCUCUGUUGCCCAACCCCCACCAGAACUGCCUUUCAACAACUCUGUUUUUCAUCCUGGAAGCACCUCUAGUGGGCCUUUAUGUAGUUCCGUAAUUUUUCCUGGCAGCACAUCUAGCGGGCCUUUAUCUGAUUCCGCUUUUAUUCCUGGAAGCACAUCUAGUGGGCCUUUAUCUGACCCAGAUCCGUCAAAAGCUAUGAUUUGUGCUGAUGAAGUGCCUCCACCCAUAUCAGAUAAUUCUGAAAACAUUAUUUCCAUGCUGGGCAUGUUCAUACCAGAUAGCCCUGGGCUUCUUUGUGAGAAUGUCAAUAACGAGGUGGAGACUUUCGGACAUGUGAAACGGAACGAAGGCCUAGCUUGUUCGGAUGGAAAUGAUAUAUUCAGUGGCUUAGAGGACCUAAAUACCAGCUGUGCAGAGCUGUGUGGAGGAGGUUCCAGUUUGUCCGGCCUUCAGACAACUGGACUUGGUCUUAUCCCCAUGCUUGCAGGCAAUGAUUUGUUUUUUGAGCUGAAUGACCUCGAGGACCCAUUAUGCUUUACUGCUGAUGAUAUGGGAUCUCAACGCUCUCUCACUGAUGCUCAAUGGGCAGCCUGUUUCCAGCAAAAUUACUGCCCAGUUGAUUCUGUAGGUUCUGUUCAACUUGAUUCUGCCUUGUACCAGUCACCUUUGCUGCCAGAAGAAUCUAAUGGAAGAGUGAACGAACAUGCUGUGCAAUUCCAGCCAUCAUCUGCAAACAAUUCUGAUGACUAUGUUGAUGAUUGGAACCAGCAUCUGUGAUGGAUUUGCUGUUCUACGUUCGACCCAAGUACCAUAGAUCUGCCACUGGUCUGUACAUAACUGUAACGAAGUCUUUAUUUACCCCUUGAGGGACAGAUCUUCUAUUGUUGUUUCUCAUGAUUUCUUUGUCAUUUAUUCUGUUUGAGUUGUGUAAAAUGAGAUGAUGUUAAUUUGGCGAACUCGUUGCAAGUUGAUUUACUUGCUGGGUUGCUCUGGAUUCUGCUUGAUUGGAUUCUGUCUUGGUUUCUGACCAUCUAAAAA